AUGACGACCACGGAAGUGGUGAGCAGUGGGACCUACUCCUGGCAGCGACAAGUGCAGGUGAGCGUGCCACCAAAUUGGAAGAGGUUCCUGCUGAUGUUGCCGAUCCUCUAUGCCAUUGACUUGGGGUUCUACAGUUUGAUGGGCUUCAUCUCGCAAUGGGUUCCAAUUUAUCCUGUGGAGCUCAUUCGGAACGCCGCGAUCGCCUACGCCGUGCUGUCCUGGACGCCGGUGGUGCUGGCUCUCUCCGCCGGGGAAGGGGUCACCAAGUGGGAUUCGGCUAUCUACGGUGCCUACAUCAACUUUUGUAUUUUCGCUUGCUUCCAGGGCACUUCUCUGGUGUUCUUUGAAACCUACCGACAAUUGAAUUGGUGGACGCCGGUGUUGGACACGAUCUGGGGCACCUUCUCAGGUGGGUUGACUUGCCUUUUGACCCACAUCCUCUGGGACAGGUGUUGCGGCUGGAGAAAGUUGGAUACCGCAGAGACGCCGAAAGCCGACUGCAGCAGCGGCGUUUUGGUCCUAAGUUUUUGCGAAUUUUCACCUGGCGAAGAGCUGCAGCGCAUCGGGGACUACCUGUGCGCACUGGGUGCUGUGUAUGGCUCGGGUGACCCCAAGAAAUGGGGUGUGAGUCCAUUA